AUGAAAAGCCUCAUUAUCGUCAUCCUAGCUCUCCUAUGUGUCAUUGUUUCACCGACCACAACGAUGGGAGGUUGGCCAAAACCUUCAGAAGUCUCUAAUGAGGAGAAGCUGAUGAAUGCCGCCCAUCCCCAACCUCAUUUAUACACUAGUAAAUUCAGUUUUGGAGAUUCUAAAGUCUGGAAAUGUACUUAUAUCAACGGAUCUGGAGUGGCCGUUUCUAUUACUUACCCUUCACCUCCUCAACCACCGUCACAAAAGCCACAAACUCCGUCGUCUCCCCCGACUUCAAAGAUGGUUCCGCCACCACCUAAACCCUCACCUCCACGUCCAACACCGAAGAAGUCUCCUCCACCUCCUAACCCAUCUCUUCCGCCUCCUACACAAUCACCUCCGCCUCCUAAACCAUCACCUCCGCCUCCUAAACCAAAAAAAUCUCCGCCGCCUCUUAAACCAUUGCCUCCACCAACUCCUAAAAAGUCUCCGCCAUCACCUACACCAUCACCUCCGCGUCCAGCUCCAAAAAAGUCUCCUCCACCUUCUAACCCAUCAUCUCUGACUCCAAAUGAGUCUCCUCCACCUUCUAAAACAUCAAUUCUGACAUAA